CAAGCAGUGGAAAAACUUCAAAAAUGUCCGGACGUGGUAAAUCCAGCAAGGCUAGGGCGAAGGCAAGGACUCGUUCCUCCCGUGCCGGUCUUCAGUUCCCCGUUGGUCGUGUCCUCAGACUGCUACGCAGAGGUAACUAUGCCCAGCGCAUUGGUGCUGGUGCUCCUGUAUACCUGGCAGCUGUACUCGAGUACCUGACUGCUGAGAUCUUGGAGUUGGCCGGCAAUGCUGCCCGCGAUAACAAGAAGACCAGGAUCAUCCCCCGUCAUCUUCAAUUGGCGGUUCGCAACGACGAGGAACUCAACAAACUUCUUGGCGGAGUCACAAUUGCUCAGGGUGGCGUGUUGCCCAACAUCCAGGCUGUGCUGCUGCCCAAGAAGACUGAGAAGGUCAAGCCUAAGUAAACCUGCUUGAAAGUUCCUACAUCCCACAAAAGGCUCUUUUAAGAGCCACCCACUUUACUCAAGAGUUCAUCUUCCCUUAAUACUAGAAUCAAUGGCCGCCCUCUCUUACACCUGCAUUUAGAUAGAGAGCAGUUAUUCUCUGACAGAUGGGGGUCAGAGACAUGCUGCUCGUUUCCUGCUGCCUUCCAAAUGAAUUGAAUAUUUAUGAGGGCAUUUACACUGAAUAAAUUUAAUAACUAAUUGAGGACUUUUUUU